CUCAGUCGUCAACGAGCACUCGGCGUGGCAAUACGUAUACGUGUAUUAUGUUCUUAUCACGCAGCAGCUCUGUGAAUACGAUGGGGUCACCAUUGCCAGAGCCGGACUUAAACAGAGAUCUUAUUGUAGAGGAGAGAAGAAUCAUCGCGCGGCUCUAUAUCUUUCUGGGAAAGGAGUACAGAUAUGUUCAAUCAUUGAACCCUAACGGUGAUUUGACGCCCCUGUCCAAUAUACUCAGGCGAACCGCCGAGGCGACGGGGGUUACGGAAAAAAAGGUUUUGCAAUGCGUACAGGAGUUUGCUGAGGAGUUCACCGACCAAAUUGUGUAUGAGCCUCCCAAAAUGAGAUUCAAACAUAAUGUGCUCCGGUGAAGCGGACGCUGGAUUUUGAUAUAAGUAUUUCUAAAUAUAAACUCAGAUUAAACCAUAUACCUAAUA